GCCACAUCUCGGGAUUACUCUAACAUUUCGCUAUCCAUAACUAUAUGGCCAUCGUUUAGUUUACAACUACCAAUUCGCGAGUGCCGCCUAAUCGAGUAUCUUAGGAAUCAAAAGCUAUAUCGAGGAAAUUGUUUCUGCACCCUUUACGAUACAACUGGACAUUCUCUCCACCAUAAAGAUAAAACUGGUGCCCCCACGUAGGCGCAUCGAAUGCGAAAACAAGAAAUCUAAUAAAAAUCCCCGCCCAUUUAAGCCCGAAAGUGUUAUAUUAGCACGCUCGUGUAUCGGGCAGCUGUUCCGAUAUCAGAUUGUAGCCGAUUUUACCGAUAAUUUCCCCUCGUUGGCGAAAAUUACCCAGACCUUCAAUGUCGCUGGGCUUCAUAUAUCUUUAGGGUACCAGAGCGAAUGGUACUUCACUUGGAACUCGAAGGCUGAGUUCCCCGGAUUGGAAGACCGGAUCGGUCCGGCAGUGUUCUGAAUAAUCCUUCAAGGGUGUGUCCUUUAAAGGAUACAUUAAGUGUGAAAACCGGAUACCAGUGAACAAAUAGCAAUACAAAAUGAGUUUCAACUCCAAAUAUCACAUCGAUGUGGACUUUGAGGUGCCCAAAAAGCUACAAUGGUACUACGCUCCCGCCUUUUUCGGCUUCUGGCUGGUGCUCUACCUCUCGCUGGUCAACACCCAGAUGAACCAUAUGCCCCGGCCACUGACCCGCAGCGACGAGGCCAAUCAUCCGGACUCAUUCAUUGCCCAGCGAGCUGAGGACACACUGAUUGAGCUGACCCGCAUUGGACCACGAGUGGUGGGCAGCAUGGCUAACGAGGAGACCGCCGUGGAGUUUCUGCGCGCCGAGGUGGCCAAGGUUGAGGCCGAGCUAAGCGGCCACCUUGAGAUCGAGGUGAAUGUGCAGCAGGCGAGUGGGGCAUACAUGCACUGGGAGAUGGUCAACAUGUACCAGGGCAUCCAGAAUGUGGUGGUGAAGCUAUCCGAGAAGAACUCCACCAAUGAGAACUACCUACUGAUCAACAGUCACUACGAUUCGGUUCCCGGAAGUCCAGGAGCCGGCGACGAUGGAUCCAUGGUCGUAACCAUGCUGGAGGUGAUGCGUGUCAUAGCCAAGUCAGACGGUCCACUAGCCCAUCCCAUUGUUUUCCUGUUCAACGGAGCCGAGGAGAAUCCCCUUCAGGCAUCCCACGCCUUCAUCACCCAGCACAUGUGGGCCAAGAACUGCAAAGCUCUGAUUAACUUGGAUUCAGCCGGCAGUGGUGGCCGUGAGAUCCUGUUCCAGUCCGGACCCAAUCAUCCCUGGCUGAUGAACUACUACCGGAAUGUCCCGCAUCCCUUUGCUAAUACGCUGGCCGAGGAACUUUUCCAAGCUGGUUAUAUUCCCUCCGACACGGAUUUCCGCAUCUUUCGUGAUUAUGGAGGAGUUCCUGGUCUGGACAUGGCUUACAUCUUCAACGGCUAUGUCUACCACACCAAGUACGACAGGAUCAACGCCUUUCCGAGGGCUUCUUUCCAGCACACUGGCGAUAAUGUUUUAUCACUAGCCCGGUCCUUGGCCAAUGCCGAGGAGUUGGAUGAUAUUGCCGCUCACUCCGAAGGACACAAUAUCUUUUACGACUUCCUUGGCUGGUUCAUGAUCUUCUACACGGAGACGACGAGUAUCAUCGUCAAUGUGGUGGUUACCUUGCUGGCACUGCUGGGAAUUGGGAUAUCCCUUUACUUCAUGUCCGUUCGCUCGGGAUGCAGUUGGAAGGGAGUCCUCCUCCGCUUCUCCAUCACCAUUGCUAUCCAGUUUACGUCUCUGGUCUUGGCAGUGGGCCUUGCUCUGCUGGUUGCUGUUUUUAUGGAUGGCGUAGAUCGUUCCAUGUCCUGGUUCACAUCUUCUUGGACGAUCUUUGGCCUGUACUUGGCUCCCAUCAUCUUUGGACUGAGCAUUCUGCCAGCUUUGUAUCUGGAGAAGACCAAGAGGGACCCCUUGGGCCUGGGCUUCAGGAUUCAGCUCUUCAUGCACUCCCACUGCAUCUGCCUGAUUAUAAUUAUGCUCACCAUGACCGGACUCAGUAUCCGAUCCGCCUAUCUAAUCAUGCUCUGUGUGCUCUUCGACAUUGUUGCACUGAUUGUGAAUUUGGUAACAAAGUGGCACCGCAAGGCCUAUUUGUUUGCCAUCGCCGUCACCGUCUGCCAGAUCCUGCCCUUCGUCUUCUUCACAUAUCUCUGCACCGUGGCUCUGGUGACUCUUAUGCCGAUGCAAGGACGCUCGGGAUCAUCGACGAAUCCCGAUAUGGUUAUAGCAGCUCUAAUCUGGGUAUUUUCACUCUUGUUCGCCGGGUUCAUUGCCCCUCUCAUAAUGUUCUUCCGCAAGACGAGAACGAUAGUUCUGUGCUUCCUGGGAAUCACCAUUCUGUUCAUCAUAGUGGCUGUCACUAAUGCAGGUUUUCCGUACAAGGAAAAGACCUCUCCACAGCGAUACUCUUUAAUACAUGCCCACCGGCGCCUACAUAACGCCGAUGGAAGCACUCGUAUAGAUGAGUCUGGCUUGUAUAUUUACCCACAGGACCGACGAUUUGAGAUUGCUCGUGAUGAUAUUAAUGCCAUUGGAGAGGCACAUAAAGUAAGCGACUUUUGCGACGAGGAAAUGUUCUGCGGCAUGCCCCUUUACAACCACCGUUGGAACAAGGCCCGCCAGUAUAGUCUGUGGAUUGAGACCUCGGAAAUGCCCGAGAUACCCACCGAAUAUCCAGUGCUAAUAUUGCAGGACAGCAGCGACCUGGAGAAUUCCUCGCAAAGGAGGUUUAACUUCACACUGACAGGACCGUCUCACAUGGGUAUUUUCAUCAAUGUGAAGAACGAUGCCAAGAUACUAAACUGGUCCUUCAAUGACACGCUCAUCCGAGAACAGGCUGAGCCACCGUAUAUGGUGUACUUUUCCUACGGACUGGACGACAGUCCUCUUGAGUUCACCAUCGAUGUUGAGAAGACAACAUCGACUUUUGACACGCCCACCCUAGAGAUUGGCAUUGGAGGUCACUGGGUGACCCAGGACAUCACUGCUAUCGAGAAGCUCAGCAGUUACAUCAGCCGAUUUCCGUCUUAUGCCUACAUUCAGGGUUGGGUGGGCACCUACGAGACCUGGUACUACUAGGGUCAAGCCGCAAAUGAUAUUGCUUCUGAUUUACUAAUCGUAGUCAUUAAGCGUUAACGAUUAACUGUAUAGAAUCUGAUAAAAAAUUACAUAUUUUAUUAAACUACACUACGAAUACUAUAAUUACAAACGAAUGAA